UGACCUCCUAACCUCGACAAGCAUACCGAUUCGAAGGUUGACUCAACAUUUCAACGUCCGGCUUCCUUCUCACCAUGAGCACCGAUUCACGAUAUAUCUGGCUUGACUGCGAUCCAGGCCACGAUGAUGCGACCGCGAUAAUGCUCGCUCUCCACCUUCCGAACGUCCAUCUCCUCGGGAUAUCGACGACGCACGGAAACACGAGUCACCGCUUCGCCACGUCUAACGCAGCUCGAUGCUUACAGGCGUUCGCACCGCCAAAUUCCCCUGUGCGCGUGUACCCAGGGGCAGAAAGACCGCUCGUACGUGUGCCUAAGGCAGAUCCAGAGAUACAUGGGGAAGACGGGCUCGGCGGAGUUGAGGGGUUGCCCGCCCACGGCGCGCCGGAGGUUGACGCCUGGUUUGCUCGCGAUGCCGAGGGAGAGAAAAUACGUGCGCUGGAGGGUAUCUCCCGCGCAGUGAAGGAGACAUGGAAGAAAGGCAAAGGCUCGAAGGUGACGAUUUGCUCCACUGGGCCAAUGACCAACAUCGCGAUCUUCGUGAGCGCGUAUCCGGAUUUACUGGAAGGGGUAGAAGAGUUCGUCUUCAUGGGCGGCGGAGUCGGGCUAGGUAAUCGCUCCUCCUCGGCCGAAUAUAACAUCAUCUGUGACCCCCAUGCCGCGCAGAUCGUCCUCGACUCCCCGAUCAAGACCGUCAUGGUCCCUAUCAACGUUACGCAUACCGCACUAAUGACGCCGGAGCAGCACGCACGCCUGCUGGACCCCAAGAGCAGCGACCCUGUUCCCAAAGCCGCAACGCCCCUGCGCCACACGCUGUCAACAGCCAUGGUCUUCUUCGCUGCCACUUACAAGGCUGUGUUCGACUUCGACAGCCCGCCCAUACACGAUGCGCUGACGAUUGCAUACGUUGCGAACCCCAACCUCUUCCACGGCAAGCGAUACCGAGUCGAUGUCGAGCUCACGGGCAUACACACCACUGGGGAGACUGUCGUGGACAUGUACAAUUACCGGCAAUGCGACGAAACAUGGGGUGCGCAUGGGAAAAACUGCUUUGUCACGCAAGGCUUAGAGGUCGACGCCUUUUGGGGUCUCUUCAUGGGCUGUGUUGACAGAUGCGACGCAGUCUCCUCUUUGAACACGACCAGAACCAGCUAGUCAAUCAAAUAUAGUCGCCUCUGUAUGGCCUUAUGUCGUCAACAGAGCAGAAGCUGCUGAAAGAGUA